AUGGAUGUAGUAAACUCGACCGCCCGAGCGGCGGUCACGUCAGCGACAGCAGUGACGGCAGUGACAGGGACCGGAGACCGACAUCCCAAUCCGCUAUCCUCGGCUGUAGCUGCCGCAAGCGAUGUUGCCAACGCCCAUGGCUCUUCCUCCUGGCUCGGCUUGUUUGCGAGAGUCGUUCUCUGGCUCCUCCAGUUCGUGUCAAUGGUGCUCUACUAUGCCAUCAAACUGGCCACUAUUUCGGUCCCUACCUUGUUGUAUACCCUCUUUUCAACGAGCCUCACCGUCACCAUGAACGCGACUACUCUGAUGCUCAUCGUUGCGGCCAUGAUAGGCGCCAUCAGCUGGGUGGUGAGGUACCGCUACCUCAACAUGUACUCACGGUUGCCCCCCGAGCCACAGCGCAAGGAGCCGGACGUCGAUCUCUUCCCGGAUACGCACGAGGAGGGCAUCAAAUCAGGCUUGUCAAACUACUUCGACGAGUUUCUCAGCGCCAUCAAAAUCUUCGGCUACCUUGAGCGGCCCGUCUUCCACGAGCUGACCCGCAGCAUGCAGACCCGGAAGCUAAUCGCCGGCGAGUCGUUCAACCUCGAGGAAGAGAAGGGAUUCUGUCUUGUCGUGGAUGGUCUGGUCGAGAUAUUUGUGAAGUCGUCCAGUUACAACCGCCGCUACCCUCACGGCCCCUAUUUCAGCCCCAACAGCGAGGCCCCCUCGAGCGAUGACGAGCAUCCCGCGCCGGGGCAGCAACGGUACCAACUAUUGACCGAGGUCCGGAACGGCGCGCCCAUGUCAUCUUUGUUCUCCAUCAUGUCGCUCUUCACUGAGGACGUGCCACUGCGGCACGCCGACGAAGACAACUCGGAACCCGGCACCACCACCCACAGUGGUCUCUUCCCCAACUAUCCUGCGAGCGCAGACUUUCGGAAAUCCCGUGUCAGAAUGGAUUCUGUCCCGAAUACCCCUCAAAUGGAUGCGUCCGCAUCAAGUUCGGCGAAUAAUCUACCCGGGCAGCUCGACCGUGGUCUGCCCCAUGUUCCGCCCAUCUCACUCGACGGCACUGGUUUCUCCAAACCUCAAAGGCCAGUCCCUAAGAGGAGCAACACCACCUCGGCCCAUCCGGAUAUCAUCGCGAGGGCAACGGUCGACACAACUGUCGCCAUCAUUCCCGCCAGUGCUUUCCGACGCCUGAUAAAAAUAUACCCGAAGGCUACGGCACACAUUGUCCACGUCAUUCUGUCCAGGUUCCAAAGAGUCACACUCGCAACUGCAUACAAUUACCUUGGGCUGACCAACGAGGUCCUCCAGAUUGAGCGCCAGAUGCUCAAAUACACUACGCAACAACUUCCCAACCAUCUCCGGGGGGAUGCGCUGGAUAGACUGAAGGAGAAGUUCAAACGAGAGGUGGAGAGGAUGGGGGAGGAGGAUGAUGUCAGCAAAGGGAUAGCGCUUCACAAUGCUCGUGCUGGCCGUAGGCGCCGCUCAACAGCAACCCUUCGGAAAGAGGCAGCUUUGCAGGCCUUCUCCAAGCAGCGCAAUAUCUCAUCAAUGUCGGGCUCGUCUCUCGCCAUCCCCAACGCUGGAGACCUUGUCACACAUUUGCAGCAGUCAAGAGGCGGUGGCAACAGGGCGCAGAGCGUGGCUUUCACCGAUGGACCUUCACCGCAUCUCGACGUAGAGAGGGAGGCGGUCUCCCCGCUGGCCCAGCGCACCUUCGACCCGUUCGUGACUCCGAGGAGCAUCCAUGUAGCGCUCGAAAAGAGGGAGACGCUGGACGAAGAUAACCUGUUCCGGGAGUCGAUUCUGGAGUGCAUGUUCAGAUCCAUCGGCCUGACCGGUAGCGGAGGCUCAAAUAAAGACGCAGACUCCAACCAAGCCUCUCCCCGGCUCAUAUCCUUUGAUCAGCGGCGACAAAAGGCCCUCUACACAAAUCACGCCUUCGGAUUUAUGGACGGACUCGACGGAUCGGCCGAUGGAGACACGGAAUCCAUCACGUCCGCGGGGCUAUCUCUGCCUGCGUCCCCGAACCCUCAGUUUCUGGCGCAGGAGAUGAGAGACGAGAUGGAGAUCGUCUUUUUCCCGAAGGGAUCUGUGUUGGUAGAGCAGGGUGAGAGAAACCCAGGUCUAUACUAUGUCGUUGACGGCUUUCUGGAUAUCUGUACUCAGGAGGAUGCCGCAGCAUCUGAUGUUGUUCACCCUACGAGUAGGACAUCACUGCAUGCGAUGGAUAGCGCCCAGUCGAUCCGCUCUCCGCAGCGCUCGCCACAACCAUUUGCAGAAUCCAUGCGCUCAGGAAACAAGGUCGAUGAUGCUGAGAUCAAAUCCAAGCCCAACCGCCGGAGCGUAGCCUUGAUCAAGCCCGGCGGGCUCGCCGGUUACGUUGGGACCAUCUCGUCGUACCGGUCGUUCAUUGAAGUCGUUGCAAAGACGGAUGUCUAUGUCGGUUUCCUCCCACUCACGUCGAUCGAGAGAAUCGUCGACCGGUAUCCCAUCGUGCUCCUUACCAUGGCGAAGCGGCUCACGAACCUGCUCCCCCGCUUGAUUCUGCACAUCGACUUCGCUUUGGAGUGGCUCCAAGUCAAUGCCGGCCAGGUCAUCUUCCACGAGGGAGACGAGAGCGAAGCCAUAUACAUUGUGCUGAAUGGCCGCCUGAGGUUAGUUGAGGACAGGAAAGACGGCGGGAUGAACGUUAAGGCCGAGUAUGGUCAAGGCGAGAGCAUCGGAGAACUUGAGGUCUUAACCGAAACUUCUCGUUCCGGUACCUUGCAUGCCAUCCGGGAUACGGAACUUGUCAAGUUCCCCCGUACUCUGUUCAACAGUCUGGCCCAGGAACACCCCAACAUCACGAUCAAGAUCUCCAAGAUCAUCGCCUCACGCAUGAGAGCGCUGAUUGACGACCCGUCGACGAUGCUGGGAAUCAAGGACUCGUCUGGCAGAAGUUCGAUCAACAAGAGCUCCACCACGCUCAACUUGAGGACUGUUGCCGUCUUGCCGGUUUCGGCGGGCGUGCCCGUGGUCGAGUUUAGCAACAGGCUGCUGAGCGCGCUGACCGAAGUUGGGGCCCCCAACGGCGCCACGUCGCUAAAUAGCGCGGCUGUUCUGAAUCAUCUUGGGAAGCACGCAUUUAACAGAAUGGGCAAACUCAAGUUGUCACAGUAUCUUGCCGACCUGGAGGAGAAGUACGGGCUCGUCAUCUACGUUGCGGACACCAACGUUAAUGCCCCGUGGACGCAGACGUGCGUCGCCCAGGCUGACUGCGUCCUCAUGGUCGGCUUGGCUGAUGGCUCCCCGGAAAUUGGAGAGUAUGAACGCUUCAUGCUUGGCAUGAAGUCGACGGCGAGGAAGAUUUUGGUUCUUCUCCAUCAGGAACGCUACUCCAACUCGGGUUUGACCAGAAAAUGGCUGAAGAACCGGGUCUGGAUCAACGGUGGCCACUUCCACGUGCAGAUGACCUACAGUCCCAACGCAGUUCCAAUCCAUCCGCCCGCAAAACCUAGCGGUCCGACGCUGAGAGAAAGAGUGCAAAUUUUACAGGCUGAGAUUCAGAAGUAUACAUCUAGGAAAGUACGACACAGCCCAUUCUAUUCUCCAGACGCGCCGUUCAAAGGCGAUUUCCACCGUCUGGCCCGGCGGCUCUGCGGGAAAUCCGUAGGCCUUGUCCUUGGUGGUGGCGGUGCGAGGGGUAUCGCGCAGAUCGGUAUCAUACGUGCCAUGCAAGAGGCCGGCAUCCCCAUAGACAUUGUGGGCGGUACAUCGAUCGGCGCCUUCAUCGGAGCCCUGUACGCGCGGCACGCCGACUUUGUCCCCAUCGUCAACGCGGCCAAGAAGUUCUCGGGCCGCAUGGCCAGCAUGUGGCGGUUCGCGCUUGACCUGACGUACCCGUCGGCGUCGUACACGACGGGCCACGAAUUCAACCGCGGCAUCUUCAAGGCCUUUGGCAACACGCAGAUCGAGGACUUCUGGCUCGACUACUACUGCAACACGACCAACAUCUCCAAGUCGCGGGCCGAGUUCCACACCAGCGGCUACGCGUGGUGUCACUUGGGUCCGACGUCAUCUUCGCCGUCGACGUCGGCGCCCUCGACGACAACACCCCGCAGGCCUUUCGGCGACUCGCUCUCGGGCAUGUGGGCCUUCUUCAACCGCUGGAACCCCUUCUCCUCGGUCGCCAACCCGCCCACCCUCGCCGAGAUCCAGGCCCGCCUCGCCUACGUCAGCAGCGUCGACGCCCUCGAGCGCGCGAAGACCCUGCCGGGGUGUAUUUAUAUGCGCCCGCCGAUCGAGGAGUAUGGGACGUUGGACUUUGGGAAGUUUAUGGAGAUCUAUGGCGUGGGGUAUAAGUAUGGGCAGGAGUUUUUGGCUAAGUUGAGGGAGAGGGGCGGCGUGUUGCCGAUUGGGGAGGAGAUGGGUGGCAAGAAGGGGUUGAGGCGGACGAUGGCGCCGAGGAGGGCCAGUAUCUAA